GUUUCUCUUCUUGCGCGCAGCCCGAUUCGAAUUCGCCUGUGCCUGCGCCAUCAUCGGGUGGGUGUGGCGCAGCGUGGCGCGUAAACUCCCGAGCGCAGCGGAGGCUGGAGAGGAGCGAACAGUCUGGGAUUCAGGGAGUCAGGUGGAGGAGAAGGAGGAGAAGGUCGCUGUUCUUGGUACCGCUGCCGCCGCCGGCUGGGACCAGAGAGCAGCCGCAGCUUGCGGGGUUGAGUGAGCGAGUGCGUUUUUGCGCCCCUCUCCGACCUGCAAGCAUGGCUUCGUCGCAAGGCAAGCUGGAGCUGAAAUUCGCGGACUGGAUGGCAAGUUUGCCCGAGAGCAUCCACAGCGUGCCCCUGACGAAUCUGGCGAUCCCAGGCUCUCAUGACUCAUUUAGCUUCUACAUUGAUGAGGCCUCACCCGUUGGACCUGAACAACCUGACACCGUCCAGAAUUUUGUCUCUGUGUUUGGAACUGUGGCUAAAAAGCUGAUGAGGAAAUGGUUGGCGACGCAGACGAUGAACUUCACAAGCCAGCUUGGAGCAGGCAUACGGUAUUUUGAUCUUAGAAUCUCCACCAAGCCCAGAGACCCUGACAAUGAACUCUACUUUGCUCAUGGUUUGUUCAGUGCCAAAGUCAACGAGGGCCUUGAGGAGAUCAGUGCCUUUCUUGCUGACCACCACAAGGAAGUGGUCUUUUUGGACUUCAACCACUUCUACGGGAUGCAAAUGUGCCACCAUGAAAAACUGGUCCAAAUGCUCAAAGACACUUUUGGGAAUAAAAUGUGCCCGGCUAUAUUUGCUCACGAAGUCUGUCUCCAGUAUCUGUGGGAGAAGGAUUAUCAAGUGCUGGUGUUUUAUCACAGUCCAGUGGCUUUGGAGGUUUCCUUCUUGUGGCCAGGGCAGAUGAUGCCAGCUCCGUGGGCCAACACAACAGAUCCUGAAAAACUGAUCCAGUUUCUCCAGGCAUCCAUCAUUGAGAAGAGGAAGAAGGGCUCCUUUUUUAUAUCUCAGGUGGUGCUGACCCCAAAGGCUAGCACUGUGGUCAAAGGCGUCACUAGUGGUCUCAGAGAAACCAUCACAGAAAGAGCUCUCCCUGCCAUGAUGCAGUGGGUCCAGACUCAGACACCGGGCGAAAGUGGUGUCAACAUUGUCACUGCGGACUUUGUAGAACUUGGCGAUUUUAUCAGCACGAUCAUAAAACUGAACUACAUCUUGGCUGAAGGCGAAGCUGAUACGACUUGAUAGUACCGUAAUGUGUCUGACAUGCUCUAAAGUGGAACUUAUCUCCCUUAGUUGUGUUAGGUUGUAAUCUUGUGGCACAGAUUUUGCAAGCACAUGCUGAAUAUUAUUCUUUUCUUUUGGACAUGCUGAGGACUUAGAAAGGAUAUGAGGGGAGAGAAAGAAAAUAGGUUGUUGUUUUUCUACUUGGUCUGAUCAUUUCUUGACAUUGAUUAGCUUGUGUCUCAUGAAACCCAACCAGGUUUCAUUUACACAGUUAUCUUAUUCAAGAAAGCCAUUCAUAAAUAUUUCUCCAACAACCACAUGUGGUUUUGGCCAUAUUGAGGAUCAUUCGCUAUGCUUAACUUGUAACUGGCAUUCAUGAAUUGCCCUUUGUCCGUGCAGUAGAUUCUCAUUGUCUUUAGUAAUUCUGCUGCUGAACAAGAACAUUGUAUAGUCUUAUCCAGGUGCUCCCUAUAUAUAUAUAAAUGUUUCAGAAAUUGGUGGCAUCAGGUUUGUUGAACUCAGGUGGGAGGGAAGGAUAUGGCAUCGUAAAGAAAAGACCAGUCAAAAGUUAACAGUUGCAGUUACAAUGCCUAAUAACUUGCAGAUUUCCUGAAAUUUUUAAACAUUUCAAAUAUAUGUUGCUAUUGCUUUUAAAAGAAGUUCCCCAUUGUUGAGUCUAAUUCUGUCUUCUCCUGUGAGGGGCAGAAGGCCUGCCAUAGACUUAUGCACAGAGUUUCAUUAUGCAGUUUUAGAGGUUGACUCUACAUUACCAUUUGGAACCGUGGCUUCCUGAGAAGUCAAUUAAAAAAAAUCAUUAUAUUGAUUUGUCACUUUAGUUAGUUAGUUAGUUAUAAAAUGCAUUAACCGCCUUUGGGGAGUAGGAAUGCAAUGGAACAUCCAGGGAAAGGGCAUGACUGGAAUCUUGAAUGGAAGCACUCCAUGCUGCAGCGUUCUGUUGCAAGCCCCAUUUGUUAAGCUAAAAUAAGCUUUUAUUGUCUGAAUC